GAACAGGCUGCUCAACUAAACCAGCAGCUUCACAGCACAACGGAAACUAUCUGCAGGAGAGGAGAGAGGGAGUCAAAGAUGGGGAGUGAAUUGAAAAAGCCUAAAAAACAGUUUCAGCUAAACCCCAAUUGGGCUCAGCUCCGUGAACAACUCAAGAGCAAUGGCUUCCAAAAACAACUAUCAAAUCCUUCACAAACAGAAAACCCUAAUUCCAUAUUAGGUGUAACUCUGUUCUUCUUUUUUGGGUUCCGAGUAUUUGACGUCAGUGGCAGAGUCAAGAUUUCACUAAGUGUUUUAAAAUAUGAAAAGUAAACGAAAGCGGAAAAGCAGGUCCAGUGAUGACGACUCCGGUGAUGCUCGGCCUAAUCCUCUUAUUCCAACUUCAUCUGAUUCAAGUGUUACAGAUGUGAUAGCGAUAGAUUGUGAAAUGGUUGGUGUAAGCUAUGUGGGGAACAGAAGUGCUCUUGGGCGAGUCACACUGGUCAACCAGUGGGGAAAUGUGAUAUAUGAUGAAUAUGUUCGUCCAGCUGAACGUGUUGUUGACUUCCGCACGAAAAUCAGUGGUAUUAGACCUCAGCACUUAAAGAAAGCGAAAGAUUUCCAUGUUGUUCAGGAGGAGGUGGCAGCACUAAUAAAGGGACGGAUUCUUGUUGGCCAUGCUCUGCGAAAUGAUUUUAAGGCCUUGCUAUUAGGGCAUCAAAAGCAGGAUAUUCGUGACACUUCUGAAUAUAAACAUUUUCUAAGGGAAGGACGCAAACGCGCACUACGGAACCUUGCUACUGAAGUCCUUGGAGUUGGGAUACAAAAUGGAGUGCACUGCCCAAUAGAAGAUGCCCGUGCUGCUAUGAUGCUUUACCUAAAGCACAGAAAAGAAUGGGAAAAGAGCAUCAAGGACUUUGCAAGACUCAAGGAGAAACAGAAAAAGCGUAAACCAAAGAAAAAAAACAGGCGUUUGAGAACUGUGAAUAAUGCUGAAAAUGCUUCAUGAUGAGGUGACCCCUCAAAUUUAUCUCAUUGCUCGUUGCAUGCAUCAAACUACUGACUACAGUGAAGCAAGGAGAGAACUGACUAAAUAUGGUAGAUGAUUGUUGUGGAUGUGGGAUGCUCAGAGGAAGAAUUAUAAUUAAACCUUGUCCCACUAUUAUGGUCUGCCAAAACUUUGUGCUUGCGAGACCUUAUUAUUCACUUUCAAGAAUCAUGACGUGGAUCCACCCAAGACUGGUCUGCUAAUGAGAGGAGGAAAAUAUCGUCUUAAAUUAUUCUCAUAUAGAACUGAUCAGUCCUUUUCAUAUUUGCCAUCUUUUACUAAAUCAGCAAGUAAAAAAAUUUCAUGCAAGGGCAAUUAGGAAAGAGUUGCUAGUGUUGUGUUUACAAAUUUGCUUACAACACUCUCACGUGACAUUUAUUUGAUUCUGAUUGAAGAUUUUGCACAACAGCUUGUAUCAUGUGAAACAAAUAGUGGACUGGAGUUACUGUGAUGGUAGUUGAAAAUUGGUGAUAGUCUACUUAAUGAAACUGCUAAUAUUGUUAUA